GGAGACAGAGAGAGAGAAUCAGAGACAGAGAGAAAGAGAGGGAGAGACUGUGGGACAGGCGCUGUUGUUUACGGCAGGAACAUCCCACCUUCGUUCCCUCGAGAUAUUUUAUUACAUACCACACAAAGGGCUGCACAUACCGUCAAGCGACUUCCCUGGUGACAGCGACCUCCUGGUUCAUUGAAGUAGUGUGGACCGAUCCCUUCUUCUUUCACCCCGUUUCACUUCGUUCGGAACAACAGCAGCCAUGGCCCUUCUCGCAUCCAAGAGUCAGUAUCUUCCGCAGCCUCACGCUGGCUCGCACUUUCAGCCAUCGAAUCCGAUUCCAGUAACCGCAAUGUUUACUCCACACUCCCAACCGUCGCCAACAAAUUCCGAGUUCUCGGAGGGAGGUCAAGGUCAACCGGAUGACGUACGGUCGUGGGAUGAGAGAAAAGUGGUGGACUGGCUAAGGAGCAUCGGAUGCCAGAAGUACGACAGUGUUUUCGAGAGAAACAACAUCACUGGCGAGACAUUACUGGAAUGCGACCAUUCCGCGCUGAAGGAGCUGGGAAUCACCAAGGUUGGAGAUCGCGUUCGGAUUUUCGUGGCAGUCAAAGCUUUAAGGACAAAAGCAUUCGGCAACAACGGAAAGAAGCGAAAUAGGGAUACUCUGGCUGCUCUCGACAAUGUCGGUCCUGUCCCAUCCUACCGGACGCACAUUUCGCCUCCACAGAACAAGCGUUAUUCGAGGCAGUUCGCCGACCUCGGAGCAUCAGCACUUUCGAGUACUGUGUACACCGAGAGCCCCACAGAAAACGAUUAUACUUCGGCGCGGCGGUCAGGUGCACCGAGAAUAAUCAGCCCACCACCGGAUGGCCCUCGGUCCGGUAACUCGUACGGUUCGAAGACACCCAGAACACCACAAGCAUGGAAGGGAACGAAUCCGCCGAGUGGGUCACCAAAUAACACUCGGCGCCACGAUCAGGGCCAGGGCAAGAGUAUCAUGGAGUUUGAUUCUGUCAGAAAGAAUUGCAUCAAAGUAAUUGGCGAAGGAGGUGCUACUCGCGUGGUAGACAUAAACGGAUGCAACACACCUGAAGCGGUGAUGCGAAGAAUACUUAAGAAGUAUAGUAUCAUGGACAACUUCAUACUCUGGGCAAUCUACAUCAUCACCAAGGACCACAACGGCCGGGAAAACAUCCGAUGUCUAGGAGAUGCAGAUCUAUUACGGAUAGCUCACGACAGCGAUCGGCCGGAACGUUCUCGACUGAUCUUGAAGAGGCGGGGAUCGCCUCCUUCGCCUUCGUCGGCAGAAUUCAUGGCGGCCCUUCAGAUGGCCCGCGAUGAAACUCCUAAUGAUGCUACCUCAAGAGCUCUGGAAGGGAACGCUAGUAGGGCAAAGGUGCAAAGCCUGACCGGAGAGCACAUGGCCUCGCCAUCGUCCCCCCGGAGUAGGGAUUCGACUCUGGGCCGUAAGGCGACAUCGAAAAAGAUUACGGCGUUCUUUGGCCAAAGGCCUCCGAGUGAGCUGAUCAGUUCCAACCUGGCCGAAUACUUUCCGGAUCACGAACACAAGGCACUGGAACGGACUGUCCGUAACUCGAUGCGGCGGUCAGCACGCAUGAGUAGGUACAACAGCCGCCUGAGUGUAGCAACGACAAGAAGUUACGCAUCUAGUAUGAGUGGGGAUAACAUACCUCCGGUGCCAACCGUGGGUGGUAUGUGGCUCAACCAAAACCAACAGCAGUCCACCAUGUUCCCGUCCUUCCCUAUGCAAGCGCGACCACCUUCCGUUCGGCGGUCUGUUCUCAUGCCCACCACUUUUGGUAGCAAUGAGUAUCUGGGUGCUGUUCCAGAGAACGAUGUUUCGCCUGACAGGAGUAGUUACAUGUCGUUUGAUAGCCAUGAUGGCCGCGCCGUCAGUGUUGUGGUUACGGAUACCGAUGAUGAGUCUACAAUAGACGCCAACUACUCGAUGGAUAAUCAGAGCAUGGUCAGCACCCCGACCACCGAACAUGGCACAGGACCGAGUUAUCUCAACCAGUUGCUUGGCGCCGACGACUCGGAAGAGGAGGAUGACGAGGACGAUUAUAUGGACGACAAUAUGGAAGGGUUGCGGUGGAUGAAGGGAACUUUGAUCGGUGCAGGUUCUUUCGGAAGCGUUUUCCUUGCGCUCAACUCCCUCACUGGAGAGUUGAUGGCGGUAAAACAGGUCGAAAUGCCGACAAGUACCAAAGACGACGCUCGGAAACAAAGCAUGAUCGACGCCCUUGCAAGAGAGAUUGCUCUUCUCAAGGAUCUUCAACACCCGAACAUCGUGCAAUACCUCUCGUCGAGCAAGGAAGACAACUGCUUUAAUAUUUUCCUCGAGUAUGUGCCCGGUGGCUCGGUUGCUGCGAUGCUUAACAACUACGGUCCCCUCAAGGAGCCCUUGGUUCGAAACUUUGUCCGCCAAAUUCUGCAAGGCCUCGCAUAUCUCCAUGGCAAGAAUAUCAUCCACAGGGACAUCAAGGGCGCCAACGUACUGGUCGACAACAAAGGUGGGAUCAAAAUUAGCGAUUUUGGUAUCUCCAAAAAGGUCGAAGCCGGUCUCUUGAACUCCUCAGCGGCCCACCACCGACCUUCUCUCCAGGGCUCGGUAUUCUGGAUGGCGCCGGAGGUAGUGAAGCAAACAUCGUACACGCUCAAAGCCGAUAUCUGGUCCCUCGGAUGUCUGAUUGUUGAGAUGCUCACGGGCUCCCACCCGUACCCCGACUGCUCGCAACUUCAGGCAAUAUUCAAGAUCGGAACCGGUGGAUCCGCACCCGCCAUCCCGCAGAAAUGUACGGCCGAGGCGAAAACGUUCCUUGCACAAACAUUCGAGUUGGAUCACAACAAGCGGCCGACCGCUGAGGCGCUCCUGACGAGUCCGUUUAUGAUGCCGCUGGUGGGGAAUAAUCAGAACAAUGAUUAGGUGGAAUGAGAUGGAAGGAGGAGGAGUGGUGGGACUGUGUGCAAUGUGUUGAUCGACUAUUUAUAGAAUUCUUUGUGGCUGUUGUGGGGGCGUAUCAUUCUUGGGGGAGUUUCCGUUUCAUGUGUUUGAUUUUUAUGGCUUGAUUU